CCCACCCCACUCCUCCACCUCGGGACGAUGGCGAUGGCGGCCAAUGACGUCACAGGCUGCCUGGAUAAAAAGCUGCGUGCUUGCAUCCCUGCGCGCACACGCACACGGACCCUCCACCGCGGAACUCUCGCGCACGUUCACCUGCCACAACCAUGAACUCAACGUCGCUGCUCGUGCUCCUCUUCUCCACGGUGCUACUCCCUCCCGCCGCCAGCAGAGGGCGCCCCCUCCGAGACAGCGGCCUCUCCAGCAGCCUCCAGCCGGGCCAGGUGCUCCUCAGAGCAGCCGCCGCCGGGGAUGGCACCGCCGCCCGCCUGCUGGGCUUCAGCAUCCCGAGACUAUUCCUCGGGAAGGAAGAGGAGGAGGAUGGUGAUGAUGAAGGGGAGGAAGGGCAGCUUCUGAAGCGCAGCGAGGAGGCUCCAAUCUCCAUCGACUUGACCUUUCACCUCCUGAGAAACAUGAUCCACCUGGCGCGGACGGAGAAGCAGAGGCAGAGAGCCCACUUAAACCGCAAAGUGCUGGACGAGGUCGGCAAGUAAAAGUCGUCAGCGCCAUCACGUUCCUCUUUUACGCACGCUCACUUCCUCCUGACGGCAACAAAUACUGUAAAUAAUCAACACGAAUAUGACACACAUUGUGGUGUUUGUGUCACGUGAUGGAUAUCUCUUUUGAAAAGAUUAAAACAGUUCUCACAAUGCAACGAUUAACAUGUUUUUUUUUACAUAAAAAUGUGGAAUAUGAAAUGUUUGACACGCGUUACUGCAGCUUUGAACGUUCAAACGACAAUAAAGUCGUCUUCGAGCAUCAAACAGUAAGUUUCCAGACUGAAAGUUGUAUUAAAAUGUCAUUCAUCACCGUUCUCUCUGUGUCCAAUGUUUAUGUUUUCCAAUAAAACCAU